UAGGGCUGUGUGUAUGCGUGUGUAAUAUCUAUCAUACAAAGGUAACUGACUCUUGCUCGCCAUUGUAAUUAAAAAAAUACCUUACACACCUCUUAGGAACAGGACUCACCAAGGGCUUUUUACCCUGCUACCAUCACAUAUCAUACCACGUACCAUUGCUGCCAGCACAGGUACAUUACGGACAGCCACUUUACCAGAAAAAAAACAGAAAAAAACAGAAAAAACACAAACAAUAAAAAUAAAAAUAAAAAAUAACAUAAAAAGAAGGCAAAAUAGAGCCUGGGAGAGACAGCGGAGGUUAAUCAUGUCUGGGAAAGAGCCUUUGAGCACCGGCGCAAAAGGGAAGAUGUCUGGAGGUUAUGUAAAUGAAGGGUAUUUGCUCUUUCUUGUUUCUUUUCAUGCAUUUGUUUUUUUUGGGCGGAAAGUGGGUGCUAAUAGAUACAUGACAGAUGCCGCUAUUCUGCGACGGGGGUGGUGCUAGCUAGGCAGGAGUUCGACGGACAUGGUGAUGGUGGGAAUAGCGAGGAUAGUGGGGGCAGUGAUAUAAUCAUGCCUGAUAUAGAUGAUGAGGAGGAGCAAGAUGACUUGGAUGUGGAACUUUUCGGUGAUGGGUAAGUUUCUCGUUCCCUGGUGGACAUUAUAUCUGGGGGGGGGGGCGAUAUAUAGACUAAAACUGGGACUGCCAGCUUUCGCGAGCUGGUCAUUACCCCUGAAGCCAGCAAGGCCAUGGCAUCCGUUGAGCGUGACAAUCAGGAAUACAUCUUCCUAGUAGCCGUUAUCCGCACUUAUUCCAACUACGAACCGUGCAUCACCCUCCACUCCAUCCACAGCGAUAACGUGCGCGCCACCGCUACUGCAAAAAGGCACUUCAAAUCCCUCUAUCCGAGCAUUUACGCCUCUGACGACCCGCUGCUGGAAUAUCUGCAGCCGAACGGUCACUUCAUCGGACGGCAGUGUGUUAUGGAGGAAUAUUACAGCAGUGACAGCAGCAGCAGCAGCGAGAGUGAUAGCGAUAGCGGCAAGGACAGCAUCAACGACCCCCCAAAGCCACUCCCUGAGAUCGAGAUAACCAGCGCCUCCCGCCUUCCACUCAUCCAGCUGGAAAUGCACGACCCCUGGGGCGACCCGGAGUACCUCUCCGAUGAAGGCCAUGUCUUUGUGGUCUUCGUGCAGGUUAGUAGCUCCGCCCGCCCCGGACAGACCAGCCGUGGCAUCCGCGGCGUCUACAAGUACCGCGACGAGGCGAAUGAGGAGGCGGAGAACCAGUUGUCCAUGCUCGUUGGCGAGUUGCGUAUCGGUGAUUGGUUCGAUGGGUGUUAUCGUGGAGAAAAGAUAUAUGUGAAUUGUCAAACUUCGCAUGCACUCCUGCCCGUUGAGGAGGUUGUGAUUUCCACUGCAUAUGUGGAGAUGGUUCGGGUUCGUGGGUGGGGGGUUUGGGACCUUAAGGAGGGGGGUUUUUGGGAUGGGUACGAGGACGAGGAGGUUGAGUAUUUGGAGACGGAGGUCCAAGAGUUGAGUAAGGAGGAGGAGAAGGCAAGGGUCAAGGAGAUUGCCGAUUAUAUGGCUGACAGGGCUAUGUUAAAUGUCAAGGAGAAGAGGGAGAGGGGUCACGAGAGGAGAGAGAAGCGUAGGAAGAGGAAGGAGAGGGAGAAGAAGGAGGCUGAGGAUCGUUAUACCCUUCCUGAUAGUAAUGAUGAAAGUGAGGAUAGUGAGAGCGAGGACAGUGCUGAAGAGGGGUGGUAG